UUGCAUUCAACAGUGAGUAUGACAACUGCAUCUCCAAAUACCAUGCCAGUUGGUCUAUUGAUUGAUCCAUCUACCGAAGAACCAGUAGUAAACAUGGAGACUACACUGUUCCCAAGUAUUAUGCAAGAAGAUGGAUCAGCAGACGUAUCAACUAAUGGUGCAGGUUUGUAUGUGGGAGUCGGCUGUGGAGCGGCGAUUAUUUUCAUACUAGUCGUCGUAUUAUUGACUGCACUAGUGUUUCGAAGAAAGAGGCUCCAGUUGUCAAAAGCAGAACCAGAACAAGAAGAUAAGCCUUAUAUGGAUCUGAUGACACGUGAUACCCAAGAAUCAGUAUAUGAAACUAUAGGAACUAGUAAUAUCAUUCCAAAGAUUGAGGAAAGUUCGUAUGAAAACCAAAACGUAGUAACACAACAACGAGUUAUGAAUCAAGUAACCCAAGAAGAUGAUCACGUGUAUGAGAUGGCAAAAUAAUUUUGGGGGGUUGUUUUGUAUCAAAAUCGGAACAGUUCACGGUGGGGAAUAGACUAAAGGGCAAUUUUCUUUUAACUGGUCAGGGAAGCUUACUUGCCGCAUGGUGCGCCAUCUUCUCCAAGGACAUGAUGGAGUGUUGAGUUCUUGUCACGACAAGAAAAGGGUGGGGGGGGGGGGGUAACAUGGAUGAGAGUAUGUGACGUCAACCUAAAAAAAACAUAACAAAACGAGAAAAUGUGUUAUUUACGAGAUGGAAACAAGCAUUUGAACAAUAUGGCGAUAAAUAAUAUCAAGUUGUUGGUAAUUAUAACUUAUGAUUAGCACCCAUUAGGUGCAGAAAUGAACCCUCGUGCUUAUUUGCAACCUUCAAGAGAAGUACAAAGUUUUACCUUAAAAUAUGUGCUCCCAGUGUUGCAUCCGGGAUCCGUUUCAUAAAACCUGUUAUAGUAACAAAUUUACAAUAACAAUUAAAAGGUACUGAAAUCCUUUAAUCUAAUUGGCUGAUGGUAAAUUUGUUAUAUAAAUUGUCAUUUUUUUAUUACAACAAUUUAUUUUAUGAAACGGGACCCAGUUCUGCAUCUUUAGAGGUCAAGUCCACCUCAGAAAAAUGUUGAUUUGAAUAAAAAGUGAAAAAUUUAACAAGCACAUUGCUGAAAAUUUCAUCAAAAUCGGAUGUAAAAUAAGAAAGUUAUGACAUUUCAAAGUUUCGCUUAUUUUAAACAAAAUAGUUAUAUGAACGAGCCAGUUACAUCCAAAUGAGAGAGUCGAUGAUGUCACUCACUCACUAUUUCUUUUGUUUUUUAUUGUUUGAAUUAUACAAUAUUUCAAUUUUUACGAAUUUGAUGAUUAGGACCUCCUUGCCUGAAGCACAAAAUGUUAAAAUAAUGGAAUUCCACGUGUUCAGGGAGGAAUGAAACUUCAUUUCACAUGACAAUGACGAGAAAAUCAAAAUAUUUCAUAUUUCAUAUAAUAAAAUACAAGUUUGGUUAUUGUAAUUUUAACGUUCACCUUUCAAAGGUUGUUUUUUCCGAAAGUUUGUUAUUUUGCAAUAAGCAUAUUCUGAGCAAUUGUGGCAUUAUGCAGCUGCCACUUCGUUGUUCGGAAAUCCGACAAUAAAAGUGUUUUUUAUUCCAAAAGUUCGACAGUCCGAAAAUGUAUAGUAAGGGUCAAAACUAUCAAAUUAUCCAAUGAACUAUUAGGAGUUUACUUAAUUUUGGGACUGUAGAACCUUCGGCAAUAACAAACUUAACUUCGUUUUUGGUUUCGGAAUUACUGACCUUCAAAAUAUUGAAUGAUUUAUUUUGUUUUAUAUGCAUGUGUUUUCUUUAUGUGAAAGUACCCCCAUGAAAAUCAUUGGCAUUAUGUAAAUGCCGCUUAAAUGGAAUAUGAUCAGCCGUAAUUUUGAACAUUAUGCACGUAAAUAUUUGUGUAUAAAUUUGUAUUUAAUUUAGUAAUUUUUGUACUGUGUUAUUGAUAAUAAUGACUUAUUUAGAGACAUUUCGAAGACAUUGAAGGCUUCAUAUGUUUAAAUCUAAUUCAUUGCAAUUUUUUUCUAUGCAUUUAAUGUAUUGUUUAGAAACAUUUCAAAGGCAAUGGAGGUUAGGAAAUAUAUAUUUAUUUCAUUGAAUUAUUUUUUUUUACUAUAUAUUGGCCGUGACUGUCAUGGCAUGCAUGUAGCGGUACUAAAUACUAUUACUAUGUUGUGAGAUCUAUUAUUAUCGAACGACGUUUCGAUGGCACUUAAAUUUGUAUUGAUUUUGUCUUAACCUGUUUUCAAAUAAAAGUAAAUGUUUCGUCUAAGGAUGUAUGCAGAGCAACAAAAAAAUUAUACGGAUUUAAGAUGAAGUCUAUGGUGCAACAUGUACUUCGAAGGCAUUAAAAACGAUUUUGCAGUGAAGCCAACGCGUAUAUUACCACAAAAUCUGCAACAAUAUUAUAACCAACUGACCAAUGUACAUAUUUCCCCAAGUCAGUCUGGGAUUUUCUACAGCGAUAUUACAGAAUACCUACUUAUCUUCCAAAUUACCAACAUAGACUGUGAAUGCUCCUUUACCUAAUACAUAAAUCAUAUUUAGCUUGUAUUAACAACCUAAAAAUGACUUAUCUGGUAUAAUAUAAAUUAAUGAAUUAUGCAAUGCUACUAUUUAUUUCCAUUUUGUUCUCUUUGCAGAUAAGACGAACGUAAUUGUUUCUUAUUGUGAUUUUGAUACGCUUGGUAAAAUACAAAUUAAUAAUUUUAUGAAGAUUACUAAUUUGUUUGUAGCAAAUGAUAAGACAACUGUUACAUAUUUUAGUAAAGAACAUAUAAAACAUUUUGUUUCUUAUGUUAACAUAUUUAGGAAUGGAAUUCCUUUAAGUCUUCCGAAAACCACUAAUAUUCUUGGAAUUACUUCUACAUGUUCAAAUGAUUCAUUUUCCAAUAACAGCCACCGUUCUAUUAUUGGUAACAAGAUCCUUAAAAAAAUGUGUAUUCUUUUGAAACUAAGUAGCUUUUGCCACAUAACAAGUUAUCUUAAAUGUAUUUAUAAUAGUCUUACCUUAACUUAUCUUCAAUAUUGUAGUAUUGUUUGGGCGAUAUACAAAUAACGUAAUUUUCAUUAAAUUUUGUUACUAUGUAUACUAUCUCGAUUUACAGACAGCUACAAAUGACAACUUUUUUAUAAACUUUUCAGUAGAUUCCAUUUUUUCUAUUAUACAUGCAAUUUUCGUUCUUGUGCAUAUUGUAUAUUAAUUUUAAGUUGAGAAAAUUUAUAAAUUUAACUGAACUGAACUAAACUUAAAUUGAAUGAAUGAAAGACUCAUUGAUUAGAAUGGUUUAUUUAAAAAAUACACGGUAGCCAAAUGGGUGAAUUACGUACAGUUCACCGAUAGCCUAUACAGUGCGUAUCAAAAAUAGUUUACACUUUGAAAUAGCCCUGAGAAUUAAAAAAUAUACAACAUGUGGGUAAUUUUUUUUCACAUAUAAUCUUGGGUUUGGGUCUCAUCUAUCCAAUGAAGGUAAAAGUUUUGACAGAAUGUUACACUUGACUGAGCACUGUCCAUUUUUGUAAAGCUCGCAGAAAUAUGUUUCCGCAGAAAUGCUCGUUUUCACGCUGUGUCAAGGGGAAAGGGCAAAAUCAAACUUACCCUGCGGAACAUUUCUCAUACAUUUCCCUUGUAUUUUUAGUCAAUUGAAAUCAAAUGGAUACAUUGAAAGCAUUUUGUAACAAUUUUGCCACCAAAAUUGAUAUUUCAACAAUUAGCACAACAUUUACACUUUUUGAGCCAGCUAGAUCUGUGGACAUAACUAAAUCUGAACAAAAGUUUAUCUCAGCCACCUCCAGCAUUUUUCACUAUGUUUUUAUCACUUUAAAGUUGGUUUAAAUUUGAUUUUGCAUUUAAUACUUGUUUCUCCACACUUUUUCCGAGCUUGACAAUGAUUAACAACAUGAAAAUCAAGCCUUAGCAAUUUCAUGUAAAUCACAGUUCAGUGUAAGGCAAAUAUCGCCACGAUGGCCUUGGUGUGUGGGGGAGUGGGGUGGGGCGCAAUGCAUUCUUCAAAGUUAAAAACGGUAAAAGAUAUCUUCAAAUUAGUUUUACUAGCUAAAUUCCACGUGUUCUUCAUGAUUAAGGUCUACUUUUUUUCGCAUAAGUAUUUCAAAGUUCUGCGCAAAUCAUUUUUCACUAACUUUUCAAAAGUAAGUGUUGCUCACUCAAGCGGAAAUAUUUUUCGACAGUUGCAUCGUCAUUUGCUUGAAUGGAUCUGUACCAAUGUUUCAAUGUGGAAAAACCUUUAGGAUAUUACAAAUGUAUAAUUUUACAGAAUUUUUUCAAAAUGUAAACUGUUUUUAUACGCACUGUAUAGUAAUUAAGCCUAUUAUGUCUAAUGAUAGAUUAUCUGAGAAAAUAACAGGUAUUUGAUUUAAAAAAAUGAUAUUAAAACACAAUACAAACAUGGAGAAAGUGCUAAACAGAAAAAAAAUAUUUAACUAUUUUAAAAUGAAAAAAAAAAAUGGAUGAAAUAUGAGCCCAAGAUCGGCUGCUGCAUAUUGAGUGUUUUAACGACAUUUUCUUCAUGAUAGAAUUCCAGUAAAUUCAGUGAAUAGUUC